AUGGCCUCUCAGACCCACAUGCGAGCCCCAGUGUGCCUCACUGAGAACACUAAAGGGCAGCUGGAGGUGAAUCAGGAAGCUCUGAGGAUCCUGUCUGCCGUCACCCAGCCCGUUGUAGUGGUUGCCAUCGUAGGCCUCUACCACACAGGCAAAUCCUACCUGAUGAACAAGCUGGCUGGAAAGAAAGAGGGCUUCUCUCUGGGAUCCACAGCGCAGGCUCACACCAAAGGAAUCUGGAUGUGGUGUGUGCCUCAUCCCGAGAAGCCAAACCAGACUCUAGUUCUGCUUGACACCGAGGGCCUAGGAGAUGUUGAGAAAAGUAACCCCCAGAACGACUCCUAGAUCUUUGCCCUGGCGAUACUUCUGAGCAGGGCACAUUGAUUUGUGUACAACAGCAUGGGCAUCAUUGAUAAAGAGGCAAUGGAUCAACUGCACUAUGUCACAGAGCUGACGGAGCUGAUCAGAGCAAAGUCUUCACCUGGCACAGAUGAGGUUGAAGAUUCAGCUGAUUUUAUGAGCUUCUUCCCAAACUUUGUGUGGACACUGAGAGAUUUCUGCCUGGAACCAGCUGAUGGACAAAACGUCUCUGCAGAUGCCUACCUGGAGAGUUCCCUGAAGCUAAAGCAAGGUACCAGUCAAAAAGAGAACAAUUUUAACCUGCCCCGACUCUGUAUCCGGAAGUUCUUCCCAGAGGAGAAAUGUUUUGUCCUCAGUAGGCCCACUCAUGGAAAGAAGCUGCACAAACUGGAGACACUGCAUGAUGAUGAGCUGGACUCUGAAUUUGUGCAACAAGUUGCAGAAUUCUGUUCCUACAUCUUCAGCUCUUCCAAGGCCAAAACUCUUCCAGGAAACAUUGAGGUCAAUGGGCCUCGUCUAGAGAGCCUGGUGCUGACCUACAUCAGUGCCAUCAGCAGUGGGGAUCUGCCCUGCGUGGAGAACGCAGUCCUGGCCUUGGCCCAGAGAGAGAACUCAGCUGCAGUACAGAAGGCUUUGGCCCACUAUGACCAGCACAUGGGCCAGAAGGUACAGCUGCCCACAGACACACUUCAGGAGCUGCUGGACCUGCACAGGGCCUGUGAGAGGGAGGCCAUCAAGGUCUUCAUCAAGCAUUCUUUCAAAGAUGUUGACCAUGAAUUUCAAAAGGAAUUAAAGGAUCAGCUACAAAAGAAGAUAGAAGAUUUCUAUCAACAGAAUUUGAAAGCAUCUUCAAAUCAUUGUUCAGCUUUACUUCAGGAUAUUUUCAGACCCCUAGAAGAAGAGGUGAAACAAGGCAUUUAUUCUAAACCAGGGGGUUACCGUCUCUUUAUUCAGAAGGUACAAAACCUGAAGAAAAAGUACCAUGAGGAACCCAGGAAGGGGCUACCGGCUGAAGAGGUUCUGCAGAAAUAUUUGCAGUCCAAGUGGGAUGUGACUGACGCCAUUCUACAGACAGACAAGACUCUCAAACAAAAGAAAAAGGAGAUUGAAGUGGAACGUGCAAAAGCUGAAUCUGCAGAGGCGGCUGCAAAAACGUUGCAGGAAAUGCAAAAGAAGACUCAGAAGAUGCUGGAGCAGAAAGAGAAGAGUUAUGAGGAGCAUGUCAAACAGCUGAUUGUGAAGAUGGAGGAGGAGAGAAUCAAGAGGAAGGCAGAGCAGGAAUGGAUUCUAAUUCUUAAGCUUCAGGAACAGGACCAACUGCUAAGGGAGGGAUUCCAGAAUGAGAGCAAAAAACUUCAGAAUGAGAUAAACUAUCUCAAAGCGGAGAUGGAAAGGCAAAAGAAAACAUGUGUCAUAAGCUAA